AUGGCGACCCAGGGAAAGACGUACAUCGUCGAGCACCUCGACCCCGAGCUGGGCCCGUGGUCCGAACUCGAGUACAUCGCCAUCGCCAAAGAAACCCACGCCGCCGGAGGCACUUUCCUGCUGUCCUCCCUGCCGGCCGGUUUCGUCGUGCCGGAGAAGCUGAAGGAGGUCCCGGCGCUCAGGACCGAGAACCGGGGUGUCGAGGAGCUGUACGCCCAGGACAAGUCCCGCGUGUGCCUGCUCGACCCCUCCGCCGCCAGCGACCUGAGCCCGGAGGAUGGUGAAAAAUUUGACGCCUUUCUGUUUGGCGGUAUCUUGGACCGGACCUCCGAGUUGAGGAAGAAGGGCUUUGAAGGCCGACGCCUGGGUCCCACCCAAAUGACCACCGACACUGCGGUCCGCGUCACAAGAAUUGUUGUCGAGGAGAAGACACCCCUCGACAAGGUUCCUUACGUCACCUACCCCGAGCUCAAGUUCAACGAGCAUGAGAGCACUCAGAUGCCCUUCAAGUACGUGACGGACAAGAACGGCGAGCCCAUCAUGCCCGAGGGCAUGGUCGAUCUCAUUCGCAAGGACGCCGACAAGGCGAUUGAUGACCUCUUCUAG